AUGUCCCUCCAACACCGGAACCUUGCGCAACUUUGGGAGCACCUCCAGGGCAGACACGACAUCGCUAACCUCCUCCGUGAAAUCGUCGGCCAGCACUCCAUCUCCAGCCAUGACGCCGAACCUCGCAGCAUUGAGGAGUCGAUCCGCACAAUCGGCUGGAUCAAGAUCGUCUUCGAUUCCCAGCGAUGCUACUUGAGUGGCAUCGCGACGGGGGUUGCGGAAUGCCCACCCUACGUCCUUUCGUGCCUGUUACCGCCUGACCUUUUGUUCGCAACCAUUCUCUACCUCGUCAAUGUCAAGAAGAGUCUAUUCUCCUCCCAGACGACGCUCAUGACCCGCGAGUUUACGCGUCCACGGCAUAUCCUGGCCCAGACCAUUCUUUCCGGACUUCGUCUUCUUCUGCUGCGAAAGGAAGGCAUCAACGCAAACGACCAGCGACGACUGCAAAACGCUAUAAACCAAGCAUGGAGGGACGAUCGGUUGCACGGUGUGGAGCGCUUCAUUGUGUCUGAAUUGUUCGCCGAGGUACUCAACGCGCUUAAUGAACCAUCGCGCGAGAAUCCGUACGCGCGGGAAUGGGCAAACGCAAAGUUGCCGACAUACGCAGCUGGCCUUUACCCGCUGGACAUUAGGGUUGAGACUUUUGUUACGCCAUUGAUACAUGGCACAAUGGAGGAGGAUUGGAUGGAUGCGUACUGGGUGCUGCACGAUUGUCUUUGGGCGGUCGAGUGUGCAGUUACCCAGCGGUUUGUUGACCUUCGCCGACAGACCGGAGUGCUCGGCUCGAACCAAACAUCGGUCGACACAGACGAGAUACUAGAGCAGCUUUGGCAUACACGAACUAGCCUCGUCAUCUCAAUUUUCCACGUUACAGGGCCGAUGCAGCCGACACCAGCACUGCUGGACUCUCUGGCAGUCACUCUACUUGACUGGGAUGAGGACUUGGAGAACUUCCUCUCGCGACAAGACUCCCUAUUUCAGCAUCAGCGAGCGCCGACGCGAUCCGGUCCGAAUCGCGCCCAGAAUCACGGCAGACACAUUUCUGAAUUGAGUCCAUACUUCGAAGCGGCUAUGACGAGCUUUGCAGAUUGGUUGCCAAGCCGACAGUCAGGGUACGAACAGUUCAGUAUAAGGAGACCAGGGGUGACAUCGAACAACAUGCAAGGGAUGGUCAAAGACUGGAUUGUAAAGAUGGCUGCGCCAAAUGCAGAGUCGGUGUCCAAGGAACAAGAAGCGGCAGCAGUGACUGUGUACAUUGUGGACUGCCCCAAGCUGCAUGUCAUACGCAAAAAACUCUUAGAAGACAAGCUUCGAUGGUGUGACAAGUGGGCAUAUGAAGCUGUUCAAGGGAACAGCCCAAUCGUGAACUGGAAGGAGGGCAUUGCAUGUCCCAGCUGCUCCGGCGGCGAAAAGAUUAAACUCGCUCGCCUCAUCGAGCCAUUCCAGUCGCUCGCUACUGCGCUAGACACGUCUACUUGGCGGGACGAUUUCAGUCUUAGCCAGUAUAGUGUAGGCGACUCUGGAUCGUAUGAUGCCGCCUCAGGCUCCCAUUCUACUUCAGACACAGGCAGCAUUGUGCCUAGUUUGACAUCGAAUUCGGGAAUGAGCGUCAGCCAACCGUCCCACGUCUCGCGACCGAGCGACCCAGACAUUCAAAUAGUACCGCCUCUGCAGCCUCCACGUUACACCGAAUCGCCCGUGAGCCCGACAACCUACAAUCCACUUUCACCUCGCUCGCACUCCCUAGAAUCUGCGAUCGAAUAUCCGAUCAGUCCCCUCAACGAGUCUUUGAACAUCCCUAUUGCGCUCCCUAUUGCUUCGAGAUUGUCGAUCGAUCUGCCCAUCCCGGUUCGGACUCCCAGCAUUGACGAAAACAUUGCAGAGGCUGAGUCUGCAUCCAUGCCUUCUGAGCUUUCGAGCGAAAGGAACAUGUUUACUCCAACGAGUUCCGUCAGAAGCACUCCCAGCUUCAGCAAAAUGAAGUCGUCGAGCAGGACGAUCAGAAUCGGGAAUUCGUUUAGACGGAAACCAAGCACCAAGGAGAAGGAGAAGACUCCUUUUCCCAAGGAACCGUGUUUCGUAUUCUCUGCUGCCGGACAUUCCCUCCUAUUGUGGGAGAAGGGUGCUGACCAUCUAGUUCGCUUUGACGUGCCGAGCAAUGACGCAUCGGCCAUCCAAGGCUGCAAGUAUGAGGUCGCUGGGAUCGAGGUAGCGGCAGCUGGAAACCACAAAUGCGCCAUCGUCGCCGCCCGUGGCUUGACGAGAAGACUCGUAAUAUUUAACAGCAUCAACGUCAAAUCUGAAGCAGAGGUAGAUCUCGAUCUUCCCGGUAGAGUGGGCGAGUUGUGCCUUGCUGUCUCUCGUAACGAUAAGUUCGUCGCAGUAUCAUUGAAUGACCGCAUAGUGAUUUUUGGCCUGGAGAAUGGCGGAGUCAAACAGCUUGCUUUUCACCAUCAAAUCAACGUCUACGAGAUGAGAGGCGGGGCUAUUCAAAGACGAACUAUCCCCAUUGGCCGAACCACCAGUGACGAUACAGUGUCGAUCUUGAAUGAUUGUGCUGGACCAGGAUGGUUUGGAGGACAAGGAAAAGGACUUAGUUCUAGGGAAAGAGCCGAGGAGCAGCAACGCCAGACUGUAAUCAUCUCGCGGAAGGUCUACUUUUCGACUGACAGCAAGAGCCUCGUAGUCGCGACACAGCUCGGCGAUCAUUGCAUUUACGUUGAUGUUUGGGACUGCACUACGGAGCCAGUUACAACGGUAGCUGAGCAUUCGCGAUCUUUCAAGAUGCCUCCUUGGACGCUGAACGACGGCGACCUGACCAGCGUUUUCUACGACUCCGCGCGCCGCUCCGCUCUCGUGACAGCUUUCUUAGGAAAAGAGUACCCCCUGCUCAUCCCGUUCCCUGGACACGACAACCUUCAAAACGAAACGUAUAGUACGAAGAUUGUACAAGCCGCCCAGUCACCGACCGGAGAAGCCUUCGUUGUGGUGAAUGCCAUGACCGAGAUCAUACAGUUUGAGUACACCACGAAGGGCAUGCUGUCUCCACGCAAGCUCAAGAAAGCAUCGUCCAAAAUCAGCCAGGGCGUGUUCAAACCCGGUGCAAUCGCGCUUGCGAUGCCACUUGAGAGCGUGCUCCAGAUUUUCUGGGUCAAGGACGGCAAAUGCAUGCUGAGAAACGUCAAGAUUGGCGCUGCGGAGCAGUUCAAAGACUACGAUCUCCGUCCGCACUACGACCGCUUGAUGAGCUUGAAGACGAAACCGGUCAUUGCGAGGGCUCCCAGCCUGAUGAUCCCCGAACUCGACGCGACUUGA